AUGGCCUCACCAUCCACUUCACCGUCGUCAUCACCACCAGCAUCCCGCACCACCUCGGCGACCGAAUCGGCGGGUCAUCUAACCCCCACCGGGACCUGGACGUCCGAGCAAGAAGCCCGCCUGACCUACUGUCAAGACCAGCUGAAGCAAGCGCAGAAGAAGUGGAGCGAUCGUCAGGAACUCUGGAUCCGCGAGGUCGACCACCUCCUCGACCAGAAGCGCGCGUACGCCAAAGCGCAGAAGAGGAAGCAGACGGCGCGGGCGGAGAAGGCGCUGCGGCUGUGGAAGGCGCGGACGUGA